AUGAAACUGAGUCCAAGGGAGGUGGAGAAACUGGUCCUGCAUAAUGCUGGCUACCUUGCUCAGAAACGUCUUGCUCGUGGUUUAAGACUCAAUUAUACUGAAGCUGUGGCUCUUAUUGCCACACAGAUUAUGGAAUUUGCUCGAGAUGGUGAAGAGAGUGUGGCAUCACUAAUGUGCAUUGGGCAACAGCUAUUGGGAAGGAGACAGGUUCUUCCAAAGGUUCCACAUCUCUUAAAUGCUGUUCAGGUUGAAGCUACCUUUCCUGAUGGGACUAAAUUAGUCAUAGUUCAUGGUCCAAUUGCUUGUGAAAAUGGAGAUCUAGAAAAAGCACUAUGUGGUUCUUUUCUUCCAGUACCUUCACUCGACAAAUUUGCUGAGAUCAAAGAAGAUAACAGAGUUCCAGGUGAAAUAUUAUGUAGAGACGGAUAUCUAGCUCUUAACCUUGGAAGGAAAGCAGUGAAUCUCAAAGUUGUCAACAAGGGAGACAGAACAAUUCAGGUUGGCAGCCACUAUCAUUUUAUUGAAGUAAAUCCAUAUAUGACUUUUGAUCGAAGAAAAUCAUAUGGCAUGCGCCUCAAUAUAGCUGCAGGGAAUUCUGUUCGCUUCGAGGUGCAAUUCUACGUUGUUUGGGAGAGUAAAGUCGUUAAGCUUGUAAGCAUUGGAGGUAACAAAGUCAUCAGAGGAGGUAAUGGCAUUGCUGAUGGUCCAGUUAGUGAAACCAAUCUUAAGGAAGCAAUGGAGGCUGUGUGCAAAAGGGGGUUUGGACAUAAGGACGAGGAAGAUGCAAGUGAAGGUAUUACUGAGGUAGACUCUAACUCUCCUUUCACCACAUUCAUUUCUCGUGAGGAAUAUGCUAACAAGUAUGGUCCAACUACUGGUGACAAAAUCCGUCUUGGAGACACCAAUUUGCUUGCUGAAAUUGAGAAAGAUUUUGCUCGUUAUGGUGAUGAAUGCAUUUUUGGAGGUGGAAAAGUUAUAAGAGAUGGAAUGGGUCAAUCAUGUGGGCAUCCACCUGCAAUCUCCUUGGAUACCGUUAUAGCAAAUGUUGUGAUAAUCGAUUAUAGUGGAAUAAUCAAAGCAGAUAUAGGCAUUAAAGAUGGCCUUAUUGUCUCAAUUGGUAAAGCAGGGAAUCCAGACAUCAUGGAUGAUGUAUAUUUGAAUAUGAUUAUUGGGGCUAACACUGAAGUUAUAGCUGGAGAAUGGUUGAUAGUAACAGCUGGGGCUAUAGAUUGUCAUGUGCAUUAUAUAUGCCCUCAAUUAGUAUAUGAGGCCAUAUCGAGUGGCAUCACAACAUUAGUGGGAGGUGGAACAGGUCCAACUGCUGGAUCACGUGCCACAACUUGUACACCGGCACCAUCUCUGAUGAAACUAAUGCUGCAAUCAACUGAUGACCUGCCUCUAAACUUUGGUUUUACUGGCAAAGGCAGUUCCAAGCCUGAUGAACUACAUGAAAUAAUCAAGGCUGGAGCAAUGGGGCUGAAGCUGCAUGAGGACUGGGGAUGUACACCUGCUGCAAUAGAUAACUGCUUGACUAUUGCUGAACAAUAUGAUAUACAGGCACAACUUUCUUUGUUACAAUUUUAUUUUUGUUUUAUCAACAUACAUACCGACACCUUAAAUGAAGCUGGAUUUGUUGAACAUAGUAUUGCCGCAUUUAAAGGAAGAACUAUUCAUACUUACCACAGGGAUAUUCUAGAAGACUUAGCUUUUGCAUGCUCAAGGAUAAGAGAAAAAACAAUUGCUGCUGAAGAUAUUUUGCAUGAUAUUGGAGCAAUUAGUAUUAUAUCUUCUGAUUCACAGGCAAUGGGUCGAGUUGGAGAGGUGAUAAGCAGAACUUGGCAAACUGCCAAUAAGAUGAAGAUACAACAAAGAGGACCACUCCAGCCUGAUGAAUCAGACAAUGACAACUUUCGGAUCAAACGAUAUAUUGCAAAAUAUACUAUAAAUCCUGCUAUAGCAAAUGGUUUCUCACAACAUGUUGGUCCGGUUGAGGUAAAUGUUUAA